CUGCAGCUCAACCCAACCACUCCCCCAAAUCUUGUACCCUGCCUCUUGCACUUCAUUUCGGCGGCAGUGUUUAGCUACUCCACAAGACCUCAGCCCCCUCCCCGACGUCACCCUGCCAACAAAGCACCGACGUAGCUCCUCUCAACCCCUCACGGCGUUCGCUAUCGAUAGCCCCGCGAGCACCUCAUAGCCCAGACAACCUACGAAUCCACGUACUGAACGGCGAAGUCCUGCGCACUUGAACGUCGAUACACACGCACACAAGGAGAAGCCGAUAAAGAGCCUCAUACCGAACGACGUCAUCAUGAGUUCUCCAAAGAGGCGUAUCGAGACAGAUGUUAUGAAGCUUAUGAGCGACUAUGAAGUCACGCUCGUAAACGAUAACACACCAUUCCAAGGAGGGCUCUGGAAGAUCCACGUCGAGCUGCCCGACCAAUACCCGUACAAGAGCCCCAGCAUUGGUUUCGUGAACCGCAUCUUCCACCCAAACAUCGAUGAACUGUCCGGCUCGGUCUGUCUAGACGUUAUCAAUCAGACAUGGUCGCCUAUGUAUGACAUGAUCAACAUCUUCGAGGUGUUCAUUCCUCAGCUUCUCCGGUACCCAAAUCCGACUGAUCCUCUAAAUGGUGAAGCGGCCGCGCUUCUCAUGCGAGAACCGAAAAGCUACGAUGCAAAAGUUAAAGAAUACGUACACAAAUAUGCCUCGAAAGAUAUCUCCGAAGACUCUGACAAAGACGACGACGAUGACGACGAUAUGAGCUCAGUCGGCAGCUAUGAGUCUGGCGACGAUGAAGCAGCUGGCAACAUGGACGACAUCUAAGUACGUCGGCCAUGCUGAGUGUCAGUGUCUUUCCCGUCAUCCCUACUUCACGGCUCCAGAUUUUAUCACAUAUGGGUGGACGUUCGAGGCGCAUGCCGGCGUAUACACAGGUUUGCAUCAUAGUUUCUGGGUAUAAGUUUGUCAAUAGUUGGUUUGCAGAUUUGGGUACGGUUUCUUAGUUUCUCCUUUGCGUUUUACACAGCAGACACUUUUCAUAUCAAGAACCGAAUCGACCUGUAAAUGCAGUUUUAGGUCAUGGUGAGGAGGAGCCGGCAGACUUUCCCACCUGCUUGUUGUUGCGAACAAGUCAGAAUUGGUGCGGUACGACUCAACUCCACUAGGAUACUUUCACAUGUGCCCCAACUCAAUUCAGACAUCAUCAUUACAAUCCUUCAAUCCUGC